CCAGGCUUCAGUCAUGAGGAUCCAUUACCUUCUCUUCACAUUUCUCCUGGUGCUGCUGUCUCCACUUGCAGCUUUUAGCCAAAAAAUCAAUGAUCCAGUAACUUACAUUCGAAACGGAGGCAUAUGCCAGUAUCGGUGCAUUGGCCUUAGGCAUAAGAUUGGAACUUGUGGAUCUCCUUUCAAAUGCUGCAAGUGAUAAUAGAGAAGAAGACAAAGAUCCUGCAAACCAAAGAAAACACCAGAAUUUUUUCCUCCAUGAAGAUGGACAAAACUUAAACCAAAUUAAA